CAGCUGGGAGCAGAGAUGGAUAAGAUACUGGAGGCUGUGGUGAUGUCCUCGUAUCCCAACAAUGUGAAGCAAGGGCUCAUCAGACGUGUCAUUGAGGCAGCAAAGCAGCCCAUGGACAGUGAGCAAUGCUGGUCCAUGCUGGAGCUGUCAACCAAGCUUUACCUCAUGGGGGACACCAAGUAUAAAAGAGAGAUUGGGAAGGAAGUUUUGGAGGUCUACGGCCACUACCACCCGGAGGAGUUCGAGGAAUUCUUCAAUGUUCGCUUCCUGCUGAGUCUUCUCCAGGAAGGUUAUGGACCUCUGGGGAAGAGAAGCCAUUAUGUGCUUGAUUACAUCCAAUUAGGACUGCAGUUUGUCUUGGAAAGCCCAUCAGCAAACAGCAUCUUCAGUUUGUUGAGGAUCGAGGUGCUCCGGAAAGUCUGCGAGAGGCCGAGCCCCAAGCAAUGUGCAAAGAUCAGCAAACUCUUAACCCAGCACCCCCAGUGCAUUCCCACUGGGAAGCACCAGGUCUUGUUUUGCCAGCAGCUGAUCCGGUGCAUUGGGCAGUUCCAGUGUGUGUCCGAGGGGGAAGAAGACAUCAUGGAGUUUUUGGAGCAGGUGAACAAAGUGAGUGGCUUGCUGCAGAGGAUCUGGAGGACUCAGACCUCAGCCAUCCUGCCCUCUUUGAAGGAGCUGUUCACCAUUAUCUCUUCAACAGAGGAGCAGGAGGUGCCAUCCAAUGCCUUGGCCAGCGUGGUCCAGUUUGUCCCUUUGGAGCUCAUGGAUGGGGUCAUCAGAAACCUAACCAAUGAUGACAGCAUCACUGAUGUGCAAAUGAUGACAGCCAUUGGCAGGAUGAUCGACUGGGUGUCCUGGCCCCUGGGAAAGAACAUAGACAAGUGGAUCAUUGCCCUGCUGAAGGGUUUGGCUGCAGUGAAAAAGUUCAGCAUCUUGAUUGAAGUUACUCUUUCAAAAAUUGAAAAGGUCUUCUCCAAGUUGCUGUACCCCAUCUUGAGAGAAGGGGCUUUGUCUGUCCUACAGUACAUGCUUCUGAGCUUCCAGCACUCCCACGAAGCCUUUCACUUGCUGCUCCCUCACAUCCCCAGGCUGGUGGCUUCUCUGAAGAAGGAAGACUCCAACUCUGCCAGCAGCUCCCUGGAGCAGUUGGCUGAGCUCAUCCACUGCAUGUUCUUCCGCUUCUCAGGAUUUCCAGAUCUCUAUGAACCAGUCCUAGAAGCAGUUAAAUCUCUUCCUGUUCCAAAUGAAGACCGGAUUAAACAUCUCUUGGGACAAAAUGCUUGGACUUCCCAGAAGAACGAGCUGGCCUGCUUCUACCCACGCCUGGCAUCCAAAUCGGAGACGGGAAAGAUCGGGUUAAUUAACUUGGGAAACACCUGCUACAUGAACAGCAUCCUACAGUCUCUUUUCAUGGCUUCAGACUUUCGGCACUCGGUUUUGAAUUUAACUGAGGGCAACUCCCAGCCCCUGAUGACCAAGCUCCAGUGGCUCUUUGCGUUUUUGGAGCACAGUCAGAGACCUGCCAUCUCACCUGAGAGUUUCCUCUCUGCCUCCUGGCCACCCUGGUUUACCCCUGGUGCUCAACAGGACUGCUCAGAGUAUCUCAAGUACCUGCUGGACCGAUUACAUGAAGAAGAAAAAACCGGAAAAAGGAUUUACCAGAAGCUCAAGGAAUCCAGCUUGAUGCCUCAGGCAGUGGAGCAUCAUUACUUAAACAAGACGUUGAUUGAGAAGAUGUUUGGAGGUAAAAUGAUGACAAAGAUCCGCUGCUUGAAGUGUCUGAACGUCUCCUCCCGAGAAGAAGCCUUUACAGACCUGUCCUUGGCCUUUCCUCCACCUGACAGGCACGUGCGUGGGAGCACAUCUGUCCUACCAGUGGAAGAAAUUGGCCCACAAUUAAUUGACCCUCCUAACAACUCAAACCAGCUCACAGGGUCUCCCUGGGUCAAGAGGAAAGCCCCACAGACCAGAGACCCUACAGCCCCAUCGAUGCCAGUGGAAACAUUGGGUUUCCAGGAGGCAGGUGAAGCAGCAAAUCCCUUGAGUGGCAAUGCUGUUGGUGUGGAUGCAGCCAAAGACCCUCUCUCAGCUUUUGGGGAGCAGGGAGGUGCUCCCAAGGACUCCAGGUCCGUCCCAGACUUGAUCAACUAUUUCCUAUCCCCAGAGAGACUGACAGCAGAGAAUAAAUACCACUGUGAGAAGUGUGCAUCCUUACAGGAUGCCGAGAAGGUGGCAGAGCUGACAGAGGGUCCACACUAUCUCAUCCUCACGCUGCUGCGCUUCUCCUUUGACCCACGGACUAUGAAGAGGAAGAAGAUCUUGGACAAUGUCUCCAUCCCUGUGGUUCUCAAGCUCCCUGUCCUUGUCACCCCAGAGGAAACUGAGGAGGUUUGCUGGCGUAGGAAGGAGAGGGCUGCCCCAGGAAGUGGCUUUGUGUCUGUCAUGUAUGACCUCUGCAGUGUGGUGGUGCACUCGGGCAUCUCCUCCGAGAGUGGCCACUACUACUGCUACUCCAGGGAGUGCACUGACACUGCCUCCUAUGGGCAGCCCUGCACUGGGCCACCAAAACUCUCCUCUGACAAGCAGUUGGACUUUGAGAUCCAGUGGUACCUCUUCAACGACACCAGAGUUUCCUUCUCUUCCUUCGAAUCUGUCAGCAACGUCACCUCGUUCUUCCCCAAGGACACUGCCUAUGUCCUCUUCUACAGGCAGCGGCCAGGAAGGCAGAGCUGCCUGCUGCAUGAGGCUCUGCCUGAGGCCAGCUGCCUGCAUGGUGAACCCUCUCUCCACAAGGAUUUGAUGGAAGCCAUUUCCAAAGAUAACAUCCUCUAUUUGCAGGAGCAGGAAAAAGAAGCAAGGAACAGAGCUGCCUACAUCUCCACCUUGCCAAAAUCCCCACUGUGGUGGAGAGACUUUGACAGGGACAAGGAUGAUGAUGGCUCCUCAGGGGGCUGCAGCCCAGCAGCAGGUGGUGGUGGAUCUGGCUCCUUUCAUGGACUUGUCUUCUAG